AAGUACGUCGCCCCAGAACACGCAAUCCAUCCUACUCAUAGUUUCAAUAGGGGACUCCCUCUGCAACACCGGAUUCUAGAUGACAAGACUCUUGGAGCGCGGUUAGAACGAUCUGUGCCCGUCAGUUCCGCAGGAGGACUCUAUGGUGAGUUAAACUUUUCAAAGCUUGAGAAGGAGGUUACAUACCGGGUCUGCGAUUCGUUGAUGCAGAGGGAAGUCGACAAGUGGGUUUUAUCUGUUAAUGGAAAAGAGCCGCAGCGAAGGAAACAGCUGUCCCGAGGGAUGAAUUGCUUGUCAGUAGCUGGAAAACCUCUUCUUGGAACGAUUGAGAGAACUUCCAACCAGCCUUUUACAGGGACCAAUCAUAUGCGCCCGUCUUCGCUAGUACCUGAACCUUCGUCGGUAUACAGAGAAUGGUGCCUAUUUGCCCCCGAUUCGGCGGGUACAGCUUUGAGGGCCAGACACGACAAGCACUGGGAGACAUAUGCGUAUAUGCAACGAAAUGAAACCUCCAACAGUUCUAAAUUGAAACUGCUAGCUGUGCGUAGCCAAUCGGUCGUCCCAAUCAAUGUGGCGCCUAUCAUCUACUACAAACCCGAAGUCGGCCCUGACAGGACAUAG